CAGGAGCAGAGACCACCCAACUUGGCCCGCCCAGUGGUAACUCCAUCUCCACUCGUGUGGCAUCAAUAUGGUCUAGCGCGCUCCACCCGCGCAUCCUGUCAUUUUUUACAGCCCGCUUGGCACUCCGCCUAGAUCAUAGCGUCAAAAAAACAACCUCCCUCCACAUUUCUAUGCGAUAGCAUCCUUCUUGUGACAGUUUUCCCCCCAAGCGUCAAACCAGCAACCCCACGCCUUGAUGCUCGCGAAUAUGGCUGAACCGAGGUCUCCAACCAGCCCCACCAGCCCGACAUUCUUCACCACGCCUGAUUUGCCCGCCAUCCCGCUCGACGUUGGAGAUGUCGCGGGAGUCCAUGGCCGCCUUAAAUUUAAACAUGACACUACGAGUCCAAAGAAGAUCGAUGCGACUUGGAUCGAUAAGGAGCGGACCCAGUUGCAGGCUUAUGAGUACUUGUGUCAUAUUGGAGAGGCUAAAGAAUGGGUGGAAGCCUGUAUAAAAGACCAGAUUGCCCCUAUCGACGAGAUAGAAGAGGAAUUGAGAAAUGGAAUCGUUUUGGCGCGGCUGGCGCAGACAUUCCAGCCUGAUGUGGUGAAGAAGAUCUUUGAGGACCGAUCGCGGCUCCAAUUUAGGCAUUCAGACAACAUCAACUACUUCUUCACCGCCAUGCGCCGUGUGAAACUACCGGAGGUGUUCUUUUUCGAGUUGACGGAUCUGUACGACAAGAAAAACAUCCCCAAAGUCAUCUAUUGCAUACAUGCGCUGAGUCACCUCCUCUCUAAGAACGGGCUCGCGCCGUCGAUGAAGAAUCUCGUCGGACAGCUUAGCUUCACCGAGGAGCAGCUGGAUGCGACUCAGCAAUCGCUGGAACAAGCCGGUGUUUCGAUGCCAGCGUUCAAAUCUGUCGGCGACGCCUUGAAGAAAGAAUUAGAAGACGCCCCACCACCGUCUCCUGAGAUUCUAGAGCAGAGAGAACGCGAGCGCUUCCUCAAAGACAACGAAUCCCUUAUCAUAAAAGCCCAAUCCCACGCACGCCGGCACCUCGCCCAACGCGCCUAUCACACCCGCCUCUCCCACCACCGCGCCGCCCAACAACAACGCGCGGACCGCGCGCGCGCCGAAGAGCACGCCAAGAUCGUGCGCGCGCAGGCCGCCGUGCGGAUGCGCCUCGCCCGACGCAAAUAUUUGGAGAAGAAGCAGCUGUUUAAGGAGAAUGAAAACUCGAUUUCGAAGAUUCAGGCGGCGUGGAAGAGCAGGAAGCAGCGGUUGGCGUAUAAGCAGAAGCUGAGUGAGAUUCAUAGUAAGGACCAAGCUUGGGUUAAGCUUCAAGCGCGGUAUCGUGGACGUAAGCAGCGGGAACAAUAUCUGGAGCGCAGGAACUUUUUGCGAGCUCAGGGCGAACAUGUCACGAAGAUCCAGUCAAUGUGGAGAGCGAAGCGCUUUGCGAAAGCGUAUCAGGCAUUAUCACAACUCGAGAAUCCUCAGAUCAAAGUGCUUCAGAACUUUAUAGAGCUUCUUGAUGAUAAUGAUUAUGAUAUCGAGGAGGAGAUUGAACUCGAUCGACUCCGCCAACUCGUGGUCAAACAAAUCCGAGAAAACAUCACAGCGGAAACCGAGCUCGGCGACCUCGACGUCAAAAUCUCACUCCUCGUCAAAAACCGCAUCACCCUCGACGAAGUAGUCGGCUCGACCUCCAAAAAGAUGAAAGCCGCCUAUGGCGGUCCCAAAUCCUCUCAGGACAACAUCGCCAGCAUCAACCUCAGUGGCCGCGACAAGGAAAGCAGACGAAAACGCAAGCAUUACGAGGAACUGUUCUACCUCCUGCAGACGCAACCUCAACAUCUCGCCAAAUUGGUCUUCACGGUCAACAAGAUGAGCGGCGCGAAUUCGAUCAAGUUCUUGACUAAAGUCGUGCUUUCUCUCUAUGGGUAUGCCCAGGACAGACGGCAGGAGUCCCUGCUGCUGUCGUUGUUCAAGGAAGCCAUCAAUCUUGAGGUCGGGGAUAUCACCACCCUUGACGAGUUCUGGCGCGCGGACCCGUUCUUCCUCCGUCUUGUUAUCGAUUACACACGAAGGGGGAGUAAUGCGGACUAUCUGCGGAAUCUCGUGGAGCCGUUCAUCAAAUCUAUGUUGGCGGACAAGAACUUGAAUUUGGAAGUUGACCCCGUUGCGAUUUACCGCGCGCUUAUCACGGCAGAGGAAUCGGCGACGGGUCAGAAAAGCCAGCGCCCGUAUGAGAUUACGCAGAAGGAGGCGUUGGAGGACGCGGAGGUGGCUAAGAUCCAGAGCGAGCGGCUGACGAAGCUCAAGGAGCUGGCGAACGAUAUGUUGGCGGGUUUAGUCAAAUCCGCCAAAAAGAUGCCGUUCGGGCUGCGGUUCAUCGCACGACAGUUGAAAGAGACGUUGCAGAAGCGGUUCCCGGGCAAUGACGAUGAGAUUGUUCGUCUGGUCGGCGGGAACUUCAUCUACUACCGGUACAUCAACCCGGCGAUCAUCCAGCCCGAGCAAUUCGAAGUCAUCGACAUGAACGUGGCGAGCAGCCUGUCGCCCACUGAGCGCAAGAAUUUCGCCACGCUGGGUAAGGCCCUGCACCAAAUGGCCGUCGGCAAAGCAGCCGGCGCGGAAGGCGAGAACCAGAUUGGGGCGCACUUGAUCACACCGGACGCCACGCAGACCUUCAUGAGUUUCUUCAAGGAAGCCACAACGGUCGAUCCAGAGACCGAGGACGACUACCUCGACGCCAUCGACGAGUAUGCCGGGAUGGCCCUCAAGCAGCGGCCGGUGGUCAAGCUCUCCCUCACCGAGAUCUUCCAACUGCACCGGAUCCUUCAAGACAAUAUCCAGGACAUCGCGCCGGAGAAGACCGACAACCUCCGUAUCCUCAUGGACGACCUGCAACCCGUCCCAGCCGCAACCGACACCUCCGCACAGGAAAUCGAGCUCCGACUCCGUAACCGGUUCCCAACCCUCGAAGACGAGCGCGCCACCCGCGUCAAAUUCCUCUGGAACGAGACCAAAAGAUGUAUCAUCGCCGUCAUCAAAGUUCAAACAGGGAACAACCUCCUGGACAUCCUCGAAGCGCCCGUCACGGAACGCGAGGAGGCGCGAUUCCAGGAGAUUGUGGAGGCCGAGACGCAGAAGUUUGAGGCCCGCCGGGCGAGUAUAGCUGCGCGGGAGGCCGAUUCGCCGGCGAAUGGGGGAAGGUCGAACUAUGCGAGUGCGGUGGAUCUGAGCAAGUCGUAUAGUGUGGGUGGGAGCUUGAAUAAUCUGGCGGCGUCAUCGCCAGGAAGUGUGGCGAAUUUGUCGAGCCCGAAGAGCAGGGAUAUUUUGUACUCGAGCCAGUAUAGCUUGUUGAAGGGCGAAGAGGGGUCAACACCCAGCUUCUUCAAUCUCAAACGCCGAGCGCUUGAAAACAUGGCCAAACUUGAGGCCGAAGGCGCCAUCAGUAAGGGAAACCGAUAUCAGGACAUGCUGAACUCGCUAGCAAAGGACAUGCUCACGAAAUCCCGCAGACGGUCGAGGAGGAGAAAAGAGCUGGCAUCUCUUCAGUCCACUCUCGAAAAGCUGGAACAAAAAGCGGCAUUUUUGGAAGAACAGAAAACGUCGUACCACAACUACAUCGAGGCGUGCAUGGCCCAGCUCGGGAAUAAGAAACACAAAGGAAAACGCGUCCUCCCCUUCACCCGCCAAUACGCCCACCAAAAAGAGCUCCAAAAAGCCGGCAAAGUGCCCAAAUUCGGGUCCUACAAGUAUACCGCCGCGGACCUAUACCGCAAAGGCGUGCUGGUCUCCAUCGACGACCACUCGCCGAAAACGUACAACCAGAUCACGCUCACCAUCUCGUCCGACGAGGCGGGGGCGUUUAAGAUCGAUGCGACGUUCUUUGGGGUGCCGGUUGCCGAGUCGAUUGAUUUGAGACUGGAGGAUUUACUGGCGAGCCAGUAUAAUAAUGAGUCGUUUAUGACGUUGAUGGAGGGGGCGAAGGUUAAUGUGAACUUGCUGAUCUUCUUGUUGAAUAAGAAAUUUUACGUGUAAAAACAACGACUGUAACACGCCCUGCGACCUCUAUCGCACUGCCUCCAAUAAGUAGGCGACAUCAGAGACGUUGACCAUUAGGAUGCGAUUGUAAAACUUUGUGACAUGCUUUGUACAAUUGGAUUUCUGUACAAGUGUUAAUGGGGGCCAGGCUAUGUGUGUGAAUGUGUAUGCGCAUGUCUGUUUGUGCUCCUUUGUUGUUGC